CUGAUCCGGUGACUUCACUCCAGCUGUUUGGAUAGGUCAGGUAGAGGGGGUGGGGCGCCUUUAUCUUCCUGCACUGACUGUAGUCACGCUUUAAUCUGGUGCAAGGCGGUCAACAUGUGGCAGAUAUUCAAGUGUAAAAGAUAUAAUGGACGGAUUGUCCAUCUGGUGCGACAUCAUCACAGGGCUGUACUGGCUAUUAGACGGGAGGACAUCAAUGCCUGGGAAAGAAGAGCACCACUUGCACCAAAGCAUGUCAAAGAACUUACCAACCUGGGGUACAAAGUAUUGGUACAGCCAUCAAAUCGACGAGCCAUCCAUGAAAAGGAGUAUAUGAAAGCUGGUGGAAUUAUUCAAGAAGAUAUAUCGGACGCGUCUCUGAUUGUUGGAGUGAAGAGACCUCCGGAGGAGAAACUUAUUCCCAAAAAGACUUAUGCAUUCUUUUCACAUACCAUUAAAGCGCAAGAGGCUAAUAUGUCCUUGUUGGAUGAAAUUCUAAAGCUGGACAUUCGACUGAUUGAUUAUGAGAAAAUGGUGGAUCAUAAGGGAACGCGAGUGGUGGCUUUUGGACAGUGGGCUGGGGUAGCAGGAAUGAUCAAUAUGUUGCAUGGCUUGGGUCUACGGUUUCUUGCACUGGGACAUCACACCCCAUUCAUGCACAUUGGGAUGGCCCAUAACUACAGGAACAGCAGCCAGGCAGUGCAGGCAGUGAGGGAUGCAGGCUAUGAGAUAUCCCUCGGCUUGAUGCCCAAAUCCAUCGGGCCACUUACCUUCGUUUUUACUGGCACAGGGAAUGUAUCAAAGGGCGCACAGGAAAUAAUUAACGAGCUUCCUUGUGAAUUUGUGGAACCACAUGAAUUGAAAGAAGUAUCAAAAAAUGGAGAUCUCAGGAAAGUGUACGGCACAGUGUUAAGUCGUCACCACCAUCUUGUUAGGAAAACUGAUGGCAUACAUGACCCAAUAGAGUAUGAGAAGAAUCCUGAGCUUUACACCUCCCGUUUUAACACAGAUAUUGCUCCUUACACAACGUGUUUGAUUAAUGGAAUUUACUGGGAUCCACAUACACCACGUUUGCUUAACAGACAAGACGCUCAAAGGCUGUUGGCUCCUGUGAAGUCUACAUCAGCAGCGAUAGAAGGAUGCCCAAAGCUACCACACAAGCUUUUAGCUAUUGGUGACAUUUCUGCAGACACUGGAGGAUCUAUAGAGUUUAUGACUGAAUGCACUACUAUUGACAUGCCUUUUUGUAUGUAUGAUGCAGACCAGCAUAUCAUUCAUGAUAGUGUUGAAGGCUGUGGUAUCCUGAUGUGCUCAAUUGACAAUUUGCCAGCUCAACUCCCAAUUGAGGCAACAGAGUAUUUUGGAGACUUGCUGUUUCCAUAUAUUCAAGAAAUGCUUACAUCUGAUGCAUCCAAACCUUUAGAGAAGGAGAGCUUUUGUCCUGUUGUACGCGAUGCGGUGAUUGCAUCCAAUGGUUCGUUGACUAAGAAGUAUAAAUAUAUACAGAAGCUGAGGGAGAGCAGAGAGUAUGCACAGUUGAUGACAAUGGGGACAAAGAAGAGGAUCUUAGUGCUUGGAUCUGGCUAUGUCUCUGAGCCUGUCAUAAGUUACCUUACAAGGGACCCCAGUGUUGAAAUAACUGCAGUAUCUGUCAUCAAGGAUCAAGUUGAUCACUUGUCAAAGAAAUACAAUAACACCACCCCACUGGCCCUGGAUGUCUUGAAGAAUGAGGAGAAACUUUCCUCCCUGGUUAAGAAACAUGACCUCGUUAUCAGUUUGCUGCCUUACUCAGCGCAUCCUUUGGUGGCAAAGAAAUGUAUAAAGAAUAAAGUAGAUCUGGUAACGGCAAGCUACAUGACACCUUCCAUGAAAGAGCUCCAGCAAAGUGCUGAAGAUGCUGGAGUUACCAUAGUUGGAGAAAUGGGUUUGGAUCCAGGUCUCGAUCAUAUGUUGGCUAUGGAAUGCUUCGACAAGGCUAAAGAUGUGGGUGCCAAGGUGGAAUCGUAUAUUUCCUUUUGUGGAGGUCUUCCUGCACCUGAAUUUUCUGACAAUCCUUUGAGGUAUAAGUUUAGCUGGAGCCCAUUGAGUGUCCUUCUGAAUACAAUUCAACCGGCAACAUACCUGAAGAAUGGAGAGGUGGUUAACAUUGAGGCAGGCGGCUCCUUGCUUGAGUCUGUUACGGUCAUGGACUGCUUCCCAGGAUUGAACUUGGAAGGUUUUCCAAACAGAGACAGUACAAAGUAUGCUGAACCGUAUGGGAUCCAAUCGGCCCAUACUUUAAUCAGAGGGACUCUGAGAUAUAAGGGUUUUGCUAAAGCAAUGAGUGGCUUUGUGAAAUUGGGAUUAAUUAAUUCAGAACCUUGUCCGCUUCUGGCCAUUGACGCUCCAGUGAUAUCUUGGAGAGAGCUACUUUGCCACACUUUGAAUGUCCCAGCUACAGCUAACCCCGACCUUCUCAAAGAAAUAGUGUUCAAUAAACUGGGAAAGGAUGAGAGCAACUUGGAAACCGUUGAAUGGUUUGGACUGCUAAGUGAGGAACCAGUGCCAGUAGCAGAAUCUAUCAUCGAUGCUCUUGCUAAGCACUUGGAAAUCAUGCUUUCAUUUGGUCCUGGUGAAAGAGACGUGAUUGUUAUGAGAAAUGAUAUUGGCAUCAGACAUCCCUCUGGACAUUUGGAGGCCAAAAAUAUUAGUUUAGUAGUGUACGGCGAUGUAAAUGGUUACUCUGCUAUGGCAAAAACUGUGGGUUAUCCCACCGCCAUUGCUGCAAAAAUGGUACUGGAUGGGGAAAUUGAAAGCAAGGGUCUGGUAAUUCCAUUGACCAAGAAUAUCUAUGGACCAAUACUUGAGCGUGUUAAGGAGGAGGGCAUUAUCUAUAACACAAAGAGCAAAUUUAUACUCUAAUGCGCCAUGCCUACAAAAAAAAAAUGUUUAUUUCAAUCCUGGAACAUUCUCUUUAUUUUUCUUCAUUGACAAUUUACCCACUUC